UGAAUUAUGGAAAAGUUUAAUUAACACACAUGCUCCCCUGAAAAAUAAAGAGUCAAAACAUUUUAUUUUAAGUCAGCAACACACCAUUGUGGAUUUAGAAUAAUAACAAAGCCAUAAUUUUGCAACUAUUGCCGGCUGAUUUUCUUAUUUAUUACCCCGGAAGAUGCUUCCUUGGAGACUAAAACACAAACAAAGGAAGCAACUUCCUCAACAUCAUUUCAUUUUCUUUUACACCAAACAGAUAGAAGUAGUUUUCCAGAAUAAAUGUUACGUUGAUAAAAAUAAAAAAAAGAUCCCACAAUCAGGUAAAUAACGAUAUGACUUACUUAUUUUAGUUAAGAAUCUUGCAGAUGACUAAAACAAAAACAGUAAUAUGUAACAUCUGAACGAAUUCUGGUACACAUCUGCAAAAACGAUCAUUAUCAUUGUAUAUUUGCUGAUUGCUUUGAAUUAGUUGAUGUUUUUUUUAUUACAGAUUUAUAUUUCAGUAAAUGUUAAAUACUAAGCUAAAGCUUGCUAUGUUUUUUUUCUUCUCUUUUUGGGAAUAACAAAGAAAACUGAAAGGGGAAAAAGAGAACUGAACGAAAAUAUUCUCAAAUCCAUCUCACCUCAACGUCACUGUCGCCAGGGUUUUACUAAAUCACACGACGAAUAAACAAAGCUUCCUUUAACCACCUUAAGACCCGCAGACUUAAAUGUUUACAAACCAAAUCUUGAGUGUCUUAAAGAAAUCCCUGCCGCAGCCACAGCAACAGCAGUCUGUCCUUUGUUCUUCCUGUUGAGGGCCUCCCAGUCUAUGCGGAAAAACCGCCACUAGGUGGCGCUCACGUUCCACCAAAAGCCACCAGCUUUCCCAACUUGACCGCGCUGACGUCACUCCAGUCUGGAGCAUCAAGGCCACUUCCACGCCGCUAUUGGUCUGAAGCUCACAUGACAUGUCUCCGAGCAUCCAUAAUUGUGUUACAGAUAUUUUUUUUUUUUUUUUUUUUUUGCACCCCCUUCCAAAAGAUGUCAGCAUCCUACUGUCCUUGUUCUCCUGCCGGAACCCCGCAGUUCAGAGCGGCGGAAAACACCAAGUGAUCACCCCUCAAGAGUUGUCACAUGCAAAUAUGACAUGUCCGAAUAACAUAUCGCCCGGUAACUUCCUGAUGGAUUCCUUAAUGGGAGGAUCAUCUUCCUACAGGGCUGAGGGCUAUUCCAGCAACCCGGGAAUGUACAUUCAUUCAGCUGCAGAGUACGGAUACUCAGUGAUGAGGAACAUUGGGAAGGUUGGAUCAUCCCCACUCUCCAAAAGAGACGAGGGUCCUCCAGGCAGCGUCUCGCUCGGCGCCUUCCAGGAUGCGCCCUACCUGUCAGCGCAGCUGGCCACAUGGACACCAGGCUCCAAAAGCAGCAGGGACGAGCAACCUGUUGCCCACCAGUGUUUACAGCCCUGCUCGUUUCCAGCGGGCAGCGUCAAAGAGGAGGCGUUUUGUUGCCUCUAUCAAGAUGACAGCAAUAAGGGGAAACAGACAACAGAGUCGGCCACUUACAUCCGGCUCGGAGACAAUAGCUGCCGGCGGCCUGAGCAGACGGCAGCCUCCUCCAGUGGCGGCUAUUUCCAGGUGUACGGCGGGGAGAGGCCACAGCAGAACGAGCAGCAGCAGCAGCAGCUUCCCUCCGGCUUUACUCUGACCCACUUGGCGUCAUCUGUUGAAACAACAGCAGAGUCGACAGUGAGCUGCAGCAAAGUCGCGCAGGAGGUAGCCAGAGAGGCUCCUAAAACAGAUGAGGGUGAGAGCAGGAAGGAAGACAAGGCCAAGAGUGACAGCUGCUCAGAUAACUCGGACGGGGAAAUUAAAGAUGAUUUAUCCGCGGAAAAGACAACGGGAAGCUGGUUAAAAGCCAAAAGUGGAAGGAAGAAGCGGUGUCCCUACACAAAGCACCAGACCCUGGAGCUGGAGAAGGAGUUCUUGUUCAACAUGUAUCUGUCUCGGGAGCGCCGCCUGGAGAUCAGCCGCAGUAUCAACCUGACCGACAGACAGGUCAAGAUCUGGUUCCAAAACAGACGCAUGAAGCUCAAGAAGCUCAACAGGGAGAGCCGGGAAAGGGAGCAGAGUGCAGUUUACAACUAUUCCUGAAGACUCUGUCAGCUUCAGACGUACUCACGCAUACACCACAGGGGACCGUUUGUGUUGCAAAUAGACAUGCAUGCGUCAUUUUGUAAUGCUUUUAUCGGUUUUCUUUUCAUGUGCACACAAACACACACAUUAAGGGUGCCUUCUAAUGUGAAUAGAAAAGCUGCAACUUGCAGAGAGAGAGAGAGAGAGAGAGAGAGAGAGAGAAUUGGAAGAUUGAGGUGCAAUUGUUUUGUGACUAUUGAGGCGGCGUCGGCCAGAUUAUAAAUUUACAGUGACACUUUGACACUGCUGAGCUGUUCAUGUUUUGUCACUUGUGUACUGCUGCUGCUGCUGCUGCUUCUUCUUCGUUUUGGUGUCUGUGGGAAUUUCGUGCUGUGUAACGUGCAUGCACAAGGUGACAUUAAGCUCUGUCAUGCUAAACGGUUCCAAACUAAUAAAAAAAGAGGAGGAUAAAAUGGAGAAGUACCACCAACUUUGUCCUUCCCCUGGCACACUGGGUUUGAAAACGUGAGGGAGGGGAAGACGCUGCGGAUGGGAGGAAGGAGAUCAUGGCAGUUUUAAUAGAAUUGAGAGACCAUAACGUUGAUUUAAAUAUUAUCCAGGUGACCACAGUAAGUCAAGGUCAUAAAAUUCUAAUGUCAGGUUCGCCCUGGAAAGCGUUGGGGGUGGAUUUUAUGAUCUGCAAAUAUAAUGUGCCGCAGCAGUAAAAGAUGCGUUUAAAGGUGUGUGUGUGUGCGUGUGUGUGUGUGUGUGUGUGUAUGUGUGCGGAGGAGGACUAAUCCACACGGCAAAGAGCCCCGUGCAAAGUGCAGCAAGCCAGCCGGGGUGCUGCG